AACAAUGAUAAAGCACAUCAGAACAGGGAGGUUCCUCCCCUGCACCAGCUCAGCUACUCUACAUGGCAUUAUUACUCAAACCUGACUUUAAGAGAGACAGGAGUUAGCUCUCACGAUAGCUAUGGACUUCAGUCUUCGGACUGAUAAUGUGUAACGUGAAAGCUUCAUUGGACUUCCAGCAGAAACACUAUCCUGCAACUUAGUACUGAGACUGUUGAAUUUGUGAGUCUUGGCUGUGGAGGUCUGUUGUGAUAAGAUCUUCUUAGGCCUACAGAAGUCAUGGACCUGACACUGUGGCAGUAUCAGUUCCGCAUCAUCAUGCUUGGCGACUCUACGGUGGGCAAGUCAUCCAUGCUGAAGCGCUACACGGAGGACCAGUUCCUGGAGUGUAUUAACGAGACGGUUGGAGUGGACUUCUACGUGCAUUUCCUGGAGGUGGAGCCUGGUAUGAUGAUCAAACUCCAAUUCUGGGACACAGCUGGACAGGAGAGGUUCAGGUCAGUGACACGCUCCUACUACCGGAACUCAGUUGGAGGCCUGUUGGUGUUCGACAUAGGGAACCGCGCCUCGUUUGAGCAUGUGAGAGACUGGUAUGCAGAAGUGUGCGAGCAUGUCAUGCCUCAUGCCAUGAUCUUCGUGCUGGUGGGCCAUAAGAGCGACCGUGAGUUGGACGAAGAGCGCACUGUUUCCAAAGAGGAGGCUGAGAAGCUGGCUGCUCAGCUCGGAACAACAUAUGUAGAAGCUUCGGCCAAAACAGGCCAGAAUAUCCAAAUGUGCUUUGAGGUACUGACACGGCGAAUCUACCAGGGGCUGCAAAGUGGAGAGGUGAAGCUGAGAGAGGGCUGGGAUGGAAUAAAGAGUUCAGCUCUACAAGCACAACAAUUACAGAGUCUCCAAGAAAGUGAGCAAACAAAGGAGAAAAAACGCUGCUGUUAGCCCCUUACAAACUGUCUAUUAAUUAUACUAUAAAGGGAACAUUGCAUCAUUGAUGUCCAAUGUCUAAAGAUUCCUCUAAGAGACUAUUAUCAAUAUGGUGACCUGAUGCUGAUACUUACUAAGUAUCACCAUCAAGCAUUAUUCCCUAAACACCUGAUUUCACCAGUUUGAUUUCCUUUCUGAACGAAUAAGAUCUUACAGGAGCUAUGAAAUCUGCUGUUUUGACAUAUUUCUAGCAGGAACCGAAAAUUCCUUAAAAUUACAAUAGCAAUGUGGAGCAAAAUUUACCCUUAAAAAAGCAGAAUUUCCUUUUUUUUUAUUAUAUGUUUUAUACUUUUUACAGAUGGAUGUGCAUUUUCUUUGCUUGAUUUAGAUAUAGGAAGUUUACAAGAUAGAAGUUUACCUGAUACUAGAUCGUGAAGCAUAUCUGAGAUAAUGUUAUAAAUAUGUCAUAUAUAUGGAGAGGCAUAACAUGAAAAUAUUUAAGUAUAAAAAUAUAUGGUUGUAAAGUUGUAUCUACUGUGGCUUUAUUGAAAAUCAAAACAUGGCUCAGUUUCUUAAAAUCACAUAAUUGUCAUAUAGAACCCUAUAAUUCCUAGGUCUCGUUUUGGGUAAUUAGUUAUUUAACUGGGGUGUUGUCCAGACUCUGUUUCAGGGUACACAGCUGUUGCAUUGUCUCUCUGCUGCAUUACAGCCAUAUUAGCAUUGUCCUUUUCAUAUUUUGGUAAGACACUUUGGGAUACAUACUGUAUAUCUUACAAUAAAAAUUCCAAAAGACAAA